UACAGACACGUUCUCUACUUCAACUUUCAAACUAUGUACAGGAAACCAAAAAUACAAACUGAUAAAAACAAUCUUUGAAAAUUUUCCUACUUGUGUUUGCUUACAUUAUAUUAAAUAAUAUGCAUUACAAUUAUUAAAAAAAGUUUAUUCAUUCUAUGUUUGAGUGAAAACAAAAGUGUGGACUUUUUAUUUUAUCUCACAUAAAACCAAAAAUAUUCUGAAUAUUUCCUGAGCAGUGCAGAGACAACUUCGGUUUAUUAAGUAUUUAUUUAUUUUAUAAACAUAAGAAUUACAUGCAUUCUCUACGCUUAUUUCAACUGAGAAUACUUGAUAAUUAAAUUCCUGCAGUUAUAUAAGUAAAUUAAAUAAAAUAUAACAUGAUAAUAACUCGUUAAUAAGUAGUUGUUGUCAUAUUUUUUCUACAAGUGAACUGUAAUCCAAGAAAUUUUAAUAAAAAUGAAUAUAAUAUUUUUAUUGACAAUCUUAGUUCUUUUCAAUAUUUGUCAAUGCUAUUCAUCAAUCUUAAAAGUUGGUGGUAUUUUUCAUUCAGGAGAACUGAAUUAUUAUAACGCAUUUAUGACUGCAAUAGAAAAUUUGAAAAAGGAUCGAUUAACAACAUUUGAAUUAGAAGCUCGUAUUAUAUGGAUAAACACAACUUCCGACAGUUUUAAAACAUCAACUGAAGUUUGUAAUUUGGUGACAGAAGGUAUAACUGGAAUAUUCGCUCCAACACAAUUUCAGACACGAGAAGUGGUAUUAAGUAUUUGCUCUAAAUUAGAAAUUCCUGUCAUUGAAUAUGCCUAUCAUCUACGAGAAAAAUUGAAAGAACAGAGGACCGUUCUCAAUUUUUAUCCAGAUAACAAGUACAUUUCUAAGGCAAUUGCUGAUGUACUAAAGUCGUUGAGUUGGAAAUCAUUUACAGUAAUUUAUGACACAGAUGAUGCUUUAAUUCGAAUACAAGAUGUUCUUCAACUACAUGGGCCGCUAGAUUCUCCUAUUACAAUUCGUCAUAUAAGCGAAGAUCAUGAUUAUUUGCCUCUAUUGAAAGAAAUUUCGAAUUCUACUGACUGGAAUCUUUUACUAGAUCUAAAUCCAACAAAUUUAGAGAAAGUUUUGAUUGAAGGGAAGAAAUUUGGAAUGCUUAAGGAUUAUUAUAAAUAUCUAAUUUGUUAUUUGGAUAUGAAGUUGCUACCAAUUUUUGAUGAGUUGAAUGGAACAUACGUAAACAUAACUGGAUUUCAAAUGCUCCAACAUGAAAAACUUUCUGCAGAAAUCACCACUAUUGAAGAAACUAUCAUAUACGACGCCGUUCAACACUUUAAAGAAGCUUUGUACGUAUUAAGCACCAAAGAUGUAAAUAUUCAACCAAAACCACUCUCCUGUGACAAGAAUGAAAAAUAUCAUGCUGGUACGGAUAUUGCAACAUUGUUACGUGAGUUGUCAAUGACCAAUGGACUCACAGGAGAAUUACAAUUUGAUAAGGAAGGUAAAAGAAUAUUAUAUUUAUCCGUAAUUUCAUUUCAACAUCAUGAAUAUGUCACUACUCAUAAAUGGAGUGUCGGUGAAGGAUUGCAAUUAAUAAAACCUGCUGAUUCCGUCAAAAGUUACACGGAUACAAUUUUUGCUUCAAAAACAUUCAUAGUCACCACAAAAAUAGGUGAACCUUACAUGAUGGAGGUAAAGGAUGCUACUUCUGGAGAAAAUCAGGUUAUUAUAGGAAGCAAAAGAUAUGAGGGGUAUUGUGUUGAUUUGAUGCAUAAGAUUGGUCAAUUGUUAAAAUUCAAACACACUUUUGAACUAGUAAAGGAUAAUAACUAUGGAUCAUAUGAUCCAGUUAAGAAAUCUUGGAAUGGUCUUGUAAAGCGUAUUUUAGACCGAAAAGCUGAUUUUGCUAUCUGUGACUUGACAAUUACUUUCGAUCGAAAAAAAGCUGUGGAUUUUACCAUGCCUUUUAUGACACUUGGAAUAAGCAUACUAUUUAGUCAUCCAGAAGACAAGGAACCUAAUCUUUUUUCAUUCUUAUCACCAUUAUCAACUGAUGUCUGGAUGUAUAUGGCAACUGCAUACUUAGCUGUUUCACUCAUGUUAUUUUUCCAAGCUAGAAUGGCACCUGGUGAAUGGGGCAAUCCACAUCCAUGUAAUUCAGAAGCAGAUGAAUUAGAAAAUAAUUUUAAUUUAAUGAAUUCAAUGUGGCUUACUAUGGGCUCACUUAUGCAACAAGGUUCAGAUAUCUUACCUCAGGCCCCGUCUAUCCGAAUGGUUGCUGGUAUGUGGUGGUUCUUCGUAUUGAUAAUGGUCUCCUCUUACACGGCUAAUUUGGCAGCAUUUUUGACUGCUGAUAAAAUGGAUGUUUCUAUAAAUAGUGCAGAUGAUCUUGCAAAACAAACCAAGAUAAAAUAUGGAUCUCUUAACGGUGGUUCAACAUCAAGUUUUUUUCAACAUUCAAAUCAUUCAACGUAUCAACGUAUGUGGACUGCAAUGAGUGAUGCAAAACCAUCUGUCUUCACAUCUACUAAUCAUGACGGCGUAGAAAGAGUACGAACGGGGAAACGUGGAUAUGCAUUUCUUAUGGAGUCCACUACUAUUGAGUACACUGUUCAAAAAUAUUGUGGUUUGACACAAGUUGGUGGAUUACUUGACAGCAAAGGAUAUGGAAUUGCGAUGCCAUUAAAUUCCCCAUACAGAACAGCAAUUAGUGGUGCCGUUUUGAAAUUACAAGAAAGCGGCGAACUUGGACAAUUGAAAGAACACUGGUGGAAAAAAGUAGAGUCAGAUCCUAGUUGUACUACUAAUCGUGGCAGUAGUGGAGGAGCCGAUGCAGAUGCCUUAAAAAUGUCAAAUGUUGGAGGAGUCUUCCUUGUUUUAAUGUGUGGUUGUGGAGUAUCAUUUCUUAUAGCGCUCUGUGAAUUCAUAUGGAACGUAAGAAAGGUUGCUGUAGAAGAAAAGGUUACGCCUUGGAAAGCUUUAAUUGUGGAAUUAAGAUUUGCUGUAAAUAUAUGGACCGAAUCAAAGCCAGUAAAAAUUACACAAAAAAACUCUUCAACAUCAAGUGAGGAAAAUGAUGGGUUCAAAAGAGCAACAUCGACCGCCCGUUCACUAAUGGGAUCUUUCUUGAGAAUAGAUGUAAUGGACAAACUUGAUAAAGAAAAUAGAACCUACGAUAAGAAGAUCUGUAAUAGUAGCGUUAAGUAAUAUCUCUGAUGCUUUCAAUAAAUAAACUUUUGUAACCGGUACAAAAUUAACGAAGAAGUAAUUUAAAAAUGAAUACAAAAAUUCUUAGACUCAGUGCGGUAAUUAUUUAUAGAAAUAUAUUGAUAUUAGAUAGUUUAUUAAAAUUAUGUAAUACUAGAAAUAAUCUUUACGUGCUACGCGCGCCCUGAACUUUAACUAGGUUUAUUCAUUACAGAAAUUUAAUUUAAUUUGCUACCACAACAACCAUACAAUGACAACAAGUAACAUUCCCUUAUAGCUUUGGAAAGCUUAUUAAAUUUUGAAAAAAAUGAUACCUAUUUGAAUGAGAUUGCUUAAAUAGGUUUAAAUAUAUCAUGUUACAAAGUUGAAAAAAUAAUUGUAAUUUUUUGCUUAUUACCUACCUUGACUUUAACCUCUUGCAUGGUCCAGGAAAAUCGACGAAAAAAAUUGUCCUUUAACAUAAUUAUUCCUUGAAAUCUAAGCUUUCCAUUGAUUCCAAGAACAAUAAAAAAUGUUGACGGGUUUGCCAGUAAUUGAAAAAAAGGACGAGCGUGCACGAAAAAAAAUUCGACCGUCAA